AUGCCUUCCACCAUCGCCCCCCGCGAGCGCCUCUCUCUCUCCAAGCACAGCACCCUCGGCCACGACCUCUGUGCCGCGCUGAAAGCCUCGCCGCCCCAGCCCAUCGACGCCCGCACCAAGGCCAUCAAGGAAGAGUGCCAGGCGCCGCCGCCCUCGCCCGUCGACUUUGGCUUCGCGGCCAUCAACCGUCCCGAGAACAGGGAGAUCGAGGAGUGGCUCGACCCGCUUACCUACCACGCCACUGCCGCUUCUCAACACUAG